GGCGGGGACGGAAGGCGGAAGCGGAGCCGGGGGAGCUGCGCUCGUAGCUCCCCCUGGCCCCAGGCCCAGCUGCUCGAGGGGGAGGAGUUACCGCCGCUCUUCGGUACGUUUCCGUCGCCGCUUCUCCCCAGCCCGUGAGUUACCUGGAGGUCUUUCUCAGCGGCAAUCCUGGGCUCCGCCUCUACGUUUUCCUCUAAGGGCCGCACGGUCCCCACCCUUUUCUGGCAGCCUGCGGCCCCUCUUUUCGGCCGUCUUUCCCUUUUCCCUAAGAGUGACCCCCGACCCGGACCACACCCUUUGAGGCUUCAGAACUUACCGUGAUGGCUGUGACUUAAAACCCUCAGGAAGCCCCGGGGUCAUGGCCCAGAAGCACCCCGGAGAAGGAGGCUUGUGCGGAGCCCACCACAGCAGUGGUGCCUCCCUCAGGACCUUAGGACCCUCCGUGGGCCCUGAAAUACUUUCAUUCUCAGGACUCAGGGACUCAACAGGGACUGCACCUAAUGGUACCCGCUGCCUCACAGAACACUCUGGUCCUAAGUACACCCAGACCCCAAACCCAGCUCACUGGUCGGAUCCAAGCCAUGGUCCCCCGAGGGGUCCAGGACCACCUAGGGAUGGAGAAGACCCUGAUCAGAGUGAGGCGUCCUCAGAGGAGUCCGGAGUUGACCAGGACCUCUCAAGAGAGAACGAGGCUGGGCACCAGGAGGAGGGGACCCCUGCUUUUUUUUCCAUUCCAUCUGCUUGCAACUGCCAGGGGAGCUCGGGGGUCCCGGAAGGGCCUUACUCUGAGGGGGCAGACGGCUCUUCGAGCAACUUUUGCCACCAUUGUACCUCUCCAGCCUUGGGGGAAGAAGAAGAGUUGGAAGAAGAAUAUGAUGACGAGGAACCCCUUAAGUUCCCCAGUGAUCUUUCACGUGUGUCCGGUGGAAAGAAAGCUCCAUCCCGGAGACAGAGGCACCGCCUCCCGACCAAGGAGGAUCCCCGGGAGGGUGGACGCAGGGAUCCCAGGUCCCCAGGUCGACAUCGCUUGAGCCGCAAACGGAGUCAGGCUGAGAAGCGCAGAGGCCUGGGACUGUGGGGAGCAGAGGAACUGUGUCAGCUCGGACAAGCAGGCUUCCGGUGGCUCAUUGAACUGCUGGCACUGGUAGGAGAGUACGUGGAAACCUGUGGUCAUCUCAUCUAUGCAUGCAGGCAGCUGAAAGGCAGUGAUCUGGACCUUUUUCGGGUGUGGGUGGGAGUCUGGGCAGGACGGCUUGGAGGCUGGGCCCAGGUGAUGACCCAGUCUCUAAACCAGACCUUGUACGUCGGGGCAGGACUGCUCACCCGCUUUCUUAGGCUACUGGGUGCUUUGCUGCUUCUGGCUCUGGCCCUCUUUUUGGGCUGUCUCCAGUUGGGGUGGCGAUUUCUGGUGGGAUUGGGCGACCAGUUAGGCUGGAGGGAUAAGGCCACCUGGCUCUUCUCUUGGCCGGACUCUCCGACCUUCCAGCGUUGCUUGUCUUGGCUCAGAGACAGCAGGCCAUGGCAGCAGCUUGUAAGAAUAGUUCAGCGGGGUUGGCUGGAGUUGCCUUGGAUCAAGCAGAGGACUAAUAGACAGGGGAAUGCACCUGUAGCUGGUGGGCGGAACUGCCAACCUGAAGAGGAAGUGGCUCGACUCUUGACCAUGGCUGGGGUUCCUGAGGCUGAGCUAAACCCUUUCCUUGUGUUGGGGGUUGAAGCCACAGCAUCAGACGUUGAACUGAAGAAGGCCUAUCGGCAGCUGGCAGUGAUGGUUCACCCUGACAAAAAUCAUCAUCCUCGGGCUGAGGAAGCCUUCAAGGUUUUACGAUCAGCUUGGGACAUUGUCAGCAACCCUGAAAGGCGGAAGGAAUAUGAGAUGAAACGAAUGGCAGAGAAUGAGCUGAGUCGGUCAGUGAAUGAGUUUCUGUCCAAGCUACAAGAUGACCUCAAGGAAGCGAUGAAUACUAUGAUGUGUAGUCGAUGCCAAGGAAAGCAUAGGAGGUUUGAAAUGGAUCGGGAUGCUAAGAGUGCCAGAUACUGUGCUGAGUGCAAUCGGCUGCAUCCAGCUGAGGAAGGAGACUUUUGGGCAGAGUCAAGCAUGUUGGGUCUCAAGAUCACCUACUUUGCACUGAUGGAUGGAAAGGUGUAUGACAUCACAGAGUGGGCCGGAUGCCAGCGUGUGGGAAUCUCCCCAGAUACCCACAGAGUCCCCUAUCACAUCUCGUUUGGUUCUCGGAUUCCGGGCACCAGUGGGCGGCAGAGAGCCACUCCAGAUAGCCCUCCUGCUGACCUUCAGGAUUUCUUGAACAGGAUCUUUCAAGUACCUCCAGGCCAAAUGUCGAAUGGGAAUUUCUUUGCAGCUCCUCAGCCUGGCCCUGGGACCACUGCAGCCUCAAAACCCAACAGCACAGUACCCAAGGGUGAAGCCAAACCAAAACGGCGGAAGAAACUUGCUGAACUAAAGCAAGAAUGUCUUGCUCGUGGUUUGGAGACCAAAGGAAUAAAACAAGAUCUUAUUAACAGGCUCCAGGCAUAUCUUGAAGAGCAUGCUGAAGAGGAGGCAAAUGAAGAAGAUGUACUGGGAGAUGAAACAGAGGAAGAAGAAACAAAGCCCAUAGAAUUGCCUGUCAAAGAGGAGGAACCCCCUGAAAAAAACAUUGAUGUGGCAGCAGAAAAGAAAGUGGUAAAAAUUACAUCUGAAAUACCACAGACUGAGAGAAUGCAGAAGAGGGCUGAACGAUUCAAUGUACCUGUGAGCUUGGAGAGUAAGAAAGCUGCUCGGGCAGCUAGGUUUGGGAUUUCUUCAGUUCCAACAAAAGGUCUGUCAUCUGACACCAAGCCUACGGUUAAUCUGGAUAAGCUAAAGGAAAGAGCUCAAAGAUUUGGUUUGAAUGUCUCUUCAAUCUCCAGAAAGUCUGAAGAUGAUGAGAAGCUGAAAAAGAGGAAGGAGCGAUUUGGAAUUGUCACAAGUUCAGCUGGAACCGGAACGACAGAGGAUACAGAGGCAAAGAAGAGGAAAAGAGCAGAGCGCUUUGGCAUUGCCUGAUGAAGAGUUCUUGAUGCUUUUUGUUCUAUAGUGGUUUCCAUUUCUCUGAUUCUUCUUGGUCACAUAUAUGUAUAUAUAUAUACCUAAAUGCACAGUGAUGUGCCCACGUUCUGCCUCACUGUGAGGGAGCGUGUACCCCUGGUACAUCCGUGAAUUCCAGCAGCAAUUUGACUUAUUGCUGUUCAGCUGUAAGGUUGUUGUCUUUUUGUUUUUAAUUAUUUUGCUUGUUAAUAAAAAAAAAAAUAGAAAAGAGAACAUUGU